UGGAGCGUCGGGUGGUGUGUGGUGUGCCGGUGGCUGGGCGGAAAUGUGAUACGCGUUAGGGCAUCGCUACCAGGAAUGAUUUGAACUAGUGGCUGAUGUGUGGAUCCCAGCAAGCUACCUGUGCCACCGGAAGUAAAAGCAACCCUUGGCGGCUGGUGGCUAGAGAGCGUCCUAGUUUUCGCCUUGUGCCCGUGCUGCGAUGGUGUAGCCGCCCGUCGCCGCCAUGGACCACAGUGUGAAGGCGAUGAGCUCGCACCGCAAGGCGGCGUUCGCGCGGCUCCUCAACCGGCACCGCUUCGAGAACGACGAGCUGGAGACGCUCUACCAGCGUUACAUCGUCAAGCUGCAGCGCUCCAGCAUCGGCGGCGCGCUGCUGCUGUACGUGCUGCUGUGCACCAGUCUGGGCGCGCUGGCGCUGGGCCACGGCGCGCCGGCCUCGGCGCCGCUCGUCUACUACCUGCUGAUGGCCGCGCUGCUGGUCGGCCUGCUGGUCUACAGCGGCACGCGCUGGAUGCGCGACCAGCACCUGCUGGGCCUCUGCUACCUGCUGCUGGCCUGCAGCGUGCUGUUCUGCGUGGUGUCGCUGCCGGUGGGCUUCGGCGCGCCGCAGGGGCGCUGGACACACGCCGACGGCGUCUGGCACAUCGCCUUCACGCUGUUCCUGCUGUACGCCAUGCUGCCUAUCCGCGUGUGGGUGACGUGCUGCGUGGGCGUGCUGCUGCCGGCCGCGCACGUCGCCGUCAGCCUGCUCUGCGUCACCGAGCUGCCGGCACUGCGCUGGCAGCAGGUCACGGCCAACAUCCUGGUGUUCAGCUGCGUCAACUUGAUGGGCCUGUUCAUGCACAACCUGAUGGAGCAGGCGCAGCGACGAGUGUUCCUGGACACGCGCAACUGCAUCGCGGCGCGACUCGAGAUGGAGGACGAGAACGAGAAGCUGGAGCGGCUUCUGCUGUCCGUGCUCCCCGAGCACGUGGCGAUGGAGAUGAAGGAGGACAUCGUGUCGCCGGUGGAGCGGCAGUUCCACAAGAUCUACAUCCAGCGGCACGAGAACGUCAGUAUCCUGUUCGCCGACAUCGUGGGCUUCACCGUGCUGGCAUCGCAGUGUUCGGCCCAAGAGCUCGUGCGGCUUCUCAACGAGCUGUUCGGCCGCUUCGACCAGCUGGCCAACGACAACCACUGCAUGCGCAUCAAGAUUCUGGGCGACUGCUACUACUGCGUGUCCGGCCUGCCGGAGCCCCGCUCCGACCACGGCCGCUGCUGCGUCGAGAUGGGCCUCGACAUGAUCGACGCCAUCGCGUCGGUGGUGGACGCCACGGACGUGCAGCUGAACAUGCGGGUCGGCAUCCACUCGGGCCGCGUGCUCUGUGGCGUCCUCGGCCUGCGCAAGUGGCAGUACGACGUCUGGUCCAACGAUGUCACGCUGGCCAACAACAUGGAGGCCGGAGGCGAGCCCGGGCGGGUGCACAUCACGCAGGCGACGCUGGACGCGCUGCACGACGAGUACCAGGUGGAGCCGGCCGACGGACACCUGCGCAACCAGUACCUGCGCGACGCCGGCGCGCGCUCCUUCUUCAUCGUGCCGCCGCCGCGCCGGCGGAAGACGUUGCUGUUCAACACGCUACAGGUGCGCUCCGCCAUCGGCUCCACGCAGCGGCGCAAGCUCUCCUUCAAGAACGUCUCGAACGUGGUGGUGCAGCUGCUGCACUCCAUCAAGUACUCGGUGGAAGUGCCGUUUUCAAACAUGACGAUGCCGCCGACCGAUGCCAGUAAACAGAACAGCGUGCUCAAAAAGCACAAGAUGGCGGAGCGGUUCCGGAGGCCGUUCCAGAAGCGGCACUCGUCGCUGCCGCACCAGCCCACCAACCGGGUCAACAAGUACCUGGCGCAGGCGAUCGACGCACGCAGUGUCGACCGCGAGAAGUCCAACCACGUGAACGUGGUCAGCCUCUGCUUCCGCAAUAAGGAUAAGGAGCAGCAGUACAACUAUGAGCAAGACGUAGGCUUCAGCGCCUCGCUGGCCAUGUCGCUGCUGCUGCUGAUGUUCCUGGGCGGCGUGCAGGCGGUGGUGCUGCCGCGCACGCUCAUCUUGCUGCUGCUCUUCCUCACCGCCUUCGUCUGGAUCGCCGUCGUGCUCAUGUUGCUGCUGGCCGUCCGCCUCAGGGUCAUCGUGUGGGAUCUCAGCCGCAGCUUUCUGCUCCGCCUCGCCGUCACCGUCUUCUCCGUGGUGCUCAUCUACGCUGUGGCGCAGGUCAAUGUGUUCACGUGCCUGACGGAGUCGCUGGACGCGUGCUCGUCGCCGGAGCUGUGGGCGGUGGCGGACGUGACGCACCGCGCCUGUCCGCUGCCGCAGUACGUCGUGCUCAGCUGCGUCCUCAGCUAUCUGGCCGUCACCGUGUUCCUGCGCCUGCCCAUCCUCGUCAAGACGCUCGUGCUGUUCGCCAUGACGGUCGUCUACGUCAUGUACAUCUACCUGAGCCACGCGCCGCUCUUCCUCUGCUACGACCGCCGCAUGGGGUGGCCGGUACCGCUGCAGCUGCUCAGCGUGGUCCAGAUUGUGUUGUUCCUGCUGGCCGUCGUGAUCCACGGCCGCCAGAUGGAGUGGACGGCCCGGCUCGACUUCCUCUGGCAGUGUCAGGCGAUCGAGGAGAAGCAGGACAUGGAGGCGCUGCAGCACUCCAACAAGCGGAUCCUCUUCAAUCUGCUGCCGGCCCACGUCGCCACCCACUUCCUCGACAACCAGUUCAGGAACAAUAUGGAGCUGUACCACCAGAGCUACGCGCGCAUCGGCGUCAUGUUCGGCUCCAUCACCAACUUCCACGAGUUCUACUCGGAGCUGGACGGCAAUAACCAGGGCGUCGAGUGCCUCCGGCUGCUCAACGAGAUCAUCGCCGACUUCGACGAGCUGCUGGACGAGGACCGGUUCCGGACGGUCGACAAGAUCAAGACGAUCGGCUCGACGUACAUGGCGGCCGUGGGUCUGAUCCCCGACCAGAGGAUCCUGGACGACGACGCCAGCGCCCUCUACUACAUGUCGGUGCUGGCAGAGCUCGCCUUCGCCUUCCGCGAGCGGCUGCACAGCAUCAACGAGAACUCGUACAACAACUUCAUGCUGAGGAUAGGCAUGAACAUCGGCCCGGUGGUGGCCGGCGUAAUCGGCGCUCGGAAACCCCAGUACGACAUCUGGGGCAACACCGUCAACGUGGCCAGCCGCAUGGACUCGACCGGCCUGCCCAACCACAUCCAGGUGACGGAGGAGCUGUACCAGAUCCUGAGCCGCGGCCCGUACGAGUUCCAGUGUCGCGGCAAAGUGCGCGUCAAGGGCAAGGGCCAGAUGACCACGUACUUCCUCACCGACCGUAAACAGCUGACCACCAUGCGGAUCGACGAGCUCAGUCAGCCGCAGAACCGCGCCAUGGUGGCGGCGCAGCUGGGCGGCGCGGCGGCGGCCGUCUCGCCGCUGUACGGCGGCCCCGAUGACCUGCACCGGCUGCCCGAGCGCAGCGUCUACGCGCCGCCCUGGGCCCGACAGAGGUGGGCUGGAGGGACGGGCCGGGUGCCGGCGGCCGGGUGCCCACGGCUGGUCGGCGUCGUGAAGAAGUGUGUCGGCACGAGCCACCUGCGGCUGCAGCGGCCGCGCAGCGAGGAGAGUCUGCAGCCGCCGGCCAGCGCCGAGCUGUACGCGGCGCGCAUCGCCUCGUCGGCCGACGAGCUCAGCUCGCUCAACCGCUCGCCGUCCGUCUCAUCGUCGGACGAGAGCUACUCGCGCACUGACUUCUCGCGGACGGACGCCGAGUCGCCGUCGCCGCCGCCGCCGCGCGUGCCCUCAUUCACCGAGCAACUGCGCAUGCUGAGUCUGCCGGGCGGCGACGAGCCGCCGCCGGGCCUGGCCGAGCUCGGCCGGCUGGACGACCCCGAGGACGAGCCGGCGGACGAGGCGCCGCGGCCGGCCGAGGGCGGCGGCGACGCGGCGCGGACUGACAGUGAGGGUGACGUGCCCGACGAGCUGCCGGACAGCGCGCGCAGCUCCGACGGCGAGCCGCCCUGCAAGAAGCGCUCGCUGUCGCGCAACGAGGGUGCCGAAAUGGGCCGGCUGGUGGCGCGCGGCGGACCGUUGCCUCUGGAGGCGGCGCGUGCCGUCUCGGACAGCGGCGCCGGCCCGUCGGCGGCGGCCGCGCCGUCUCGGCCAGCGGCGCGUGCCGCCAAGAAGUCCCACCUGCCCCGCUUCGUCGGCUCCCGAGCGACGCCCAGCGGCAGGUACGGACACGUCAGCCUCGCGGAGCGGCCGGCAGAGGCGCCGGCUGCGGCCCGCUCGCCGACCGACGGCGCCAGCCCCGGCCCGGUCCUGCCCAGUCCCCGUAAAUCCCCGGUGAAGGCGCGUGCUAACCAGGCAACCGGUGGCGAGGCGUCCACGCAGGGCCGCUGUAACACCGACACGUACACGAAGGCGCCGCUGGAGGCGCUGCAGAUCCAGAUGGAGCUCUUUGAGGAGGAGGAGAAGCUGCUCAUGGCCGAGUCCGAGCGACAGGACCCGGCGCAGGUCAAAAUUCCGGUUACGCAUCUACACGUCGUGCCGUGA